CUUUUGAUUUGUUUGGCCUCUACUAAAUCAGUGCGAUUACGUAGUGCACUACAAAAUCUUUAAAACUUAUAUAUUAGGUUUCCGUUAGGUAACAGAAAAGAAUCAAUAAAAUUUUAUUUGUGGUACAUUUAAAUAUUAUAAAUUGGCGAAAAUCAUGAAAAUUUGCAGUGCGAUAGGAAACCUUGAAGAAUUACCUCCACUGGCAGUUACGCUUUGAAGAAGUGGCGGGCGGAGCGCUGAGUCAAUGUGGCGUGCUCGCCGAAGCUGGAGAGAGGAGCGCGCGCGGCCUGCGGGCGUCGCGGCGACCACCCCGCGCGCCCUCUAGACCUCCACACAAACCUAGACACUGCACUUUACACGGUCGGUCAUGAAAAAUCUUGCCCAUUUGCUGGCUGUCCCUCUCAGCGAACACGUGGUAACUUUCAUCUCUUUAGUAGCCGCGGCCACACUGCUCUCGCGGACGACAGAAGGGCGGUCCGCCCGUAGGUGGUCGGCGGGAGAAGGCGGGCGUAGAGCGUGCGGCCGCGCGCGAUUCCCGCACCACACGCACCCGCCCAUUUACUGUUAGCAGUAGGCAGUUCACUCGGGGGGAGUUCGAUAGACAAUGUCCGAGGACUUGGACUCGAUCAGCGAGGAAGAACGAAGCUUGUUCCGACCCUUUACACGAGAGUCAUUGGCCGCUAUCGAAGCCCGCAUAGCUGAGGAACAUGCCAAGCAAAAGGAACUCGAGAAAAAACGAGCGGAAGGCGAGAACGAUUUGGGGCGGACGAAAAAGAAAAAAGAAGUGCGGUACGAUGACGAAGACGAGGACGAGGGCCCUCAGCCGGACGCGACUCUCGAGCAGGGUCUCCCGCUGCCGGUCCGAAUGCAAGGCUCCUUCCCGCUGGAGCUCGCCUCCACGCCCCUCGAGGACAUAGACCCUUUCUAUCAUAACCAGACAACCUUCGUAGUUAUAAGCAAGGGUAAAGAUAUCUUCAGAUUUUCGGCGACCAAUGCCCUAUGGAUACUAGACCCUUUCAAUCCCAUAAGAAGAGUGGCGAUAUAUAUUCUAGUACAUCCUUUGUUCUCAUUGUUUAUUAUUACUACGAUAUUAGUGAAUUGCAUUCUUAUGAUAAUGCCUACAACGCCAACUGUCGAAAGUACUGAAGUUAUCUUUACCGGGAUCUACACGUUUGAAUCAGCGGUGAAAGUAAUGGCCAGGGGUUUCAUACUACAGCCAUUCACAUACCUUAGAGAUGCAUGGAAUUGGCUUGACUUCGUAGUUAUAGCUUUAGCUUAUGUGACGAUGGGCAUAGAUCUCGGCAACUUGGCCGCGCUUAGAACAUUCAGAGUACUCCGAGCGUUGAAGACUGUGGCCAUCGUACCGGGUUUGAAGACCAUCGUCGGUGCCGUAAUAGAAUCAGUAAAAAAUCUACGCGAUGUGAUAAUUCUAACGAUGUUUUCGCUCUCUGUGUUCGCGCUAAUGGGCCUACAAAUCUACAUGGGAGUAUUGACGCAGAAAUGUAUCAAAACAUUCCCUGAAGAUGGCUCCUGGGGUAACCUCACCGAUGAGAACUGGGAGAGGUUCUGCCAGAACGAAACGAACUGGUAUGGGGAUGGAGGGGAAUAUCCACUUUGUGGAAAUUCAUCAGGAGCAGGGCAGUGUGAACCAGGCUACGUUUGUCUUCAGGGAUACGGUCCGAACCCUAACUACGGAUACACAAGUUUCGAUACAUUCGGUUGGGCAUUCCUUUCAGCUUUCCGGUUGAUGACGCAGGAUUACUGGGAGAAUCUUUAUCAAUUGGUGCUCAGGUCAGCAGGGUCAUGGCACGUCUUGUUCUUCGUAGUGAUAAUCUUUUUAGGAUCAUUCUACCUUGUGAACUUGAUUUUGGCCAUCGUCGCCAUGUCAUACGAUGAGUUGCAAAAGAAAGCCGAAGAGGAGGAACAAGCCGAAGAGGAAGCUCUCAGGGAAGCAGAACAAAAAGCAGCAGCAAGAGCGGACAAACAAGAGGCGCGGGAAGCACACGCCAGAGAACAGGCGGCAGCAGCGGAGGCGGCGGCGUACGCCGAGGCUCACCCGGCCAAGUCACCCAGCUUCUCCUCACAGAGCUACGAGUUGUUCGUGAAUCAGGAACGAGGCAACCAGGACGACAAUACGCGGGAGCGCAUGUCCCUCCGUAGCGACCCCUUCCAGGACUCGGUGAGCACACAGCCCACGCACAAGCCCACCGCAACUGAAUCGCACAACGACUCCGCACGACGGCCCAGGAAGGUCAGCAUGGCGUCAUUGUCGUUGCCUGGUUCGCCGUUCAAUUUACGACGUGGCUCGCGAGGUUCUCACCAGAUGGCAUUAAGGCCGAAUGGGAGGGCACGUUACCCACCGGGAGCUGAUCGGAAACCCUUGGUGCUGUCCACAUACUUAGAUGCGCAAGAACACCUGCCCUAUGCCGAUGACUCUAAUGCAGUCACACCGAUGUCUGAAGAAAAUGGUGCUAUCAUCAUUCCUGUAUAUUAUGCAAAUUUAGGAUCGCGCCACUCAUCAUAUACGUCCCAUCAGUCUCGUCUCUCCUACACCUCUCACGGUGACUUGCUAGGUGGUGGUAAAGCGCAAACCAAAGAAGCCAGGUUACGAGGCCGGUCAGCUUCGAGAAACCACAGCGUCACGUCACAGCCUCACCCAUAUCCGCUACCAAGAGGAGAUUCCUCAUUAGCGUCUCGACCUCUUAGGGAAUAUGAACUGAGUACAACUGAAUGUACAGAUGAAGCAGGAAAGGUUUUAAAACCAUCAAACGACAACCCUUUUAUAGAAAAUUCUCAACAGCCUAACGUAGUCGACAUGCGAGAUGUAAUGGUGUUAAACGAGAUCAUCGAACAAGCUGGGCGACAAAGUCGAGCGAGCGACCAAAAUGUGUCAGUGUACUACUUCCCAACAGCGGAAGAUGAUGAGGACGGGCCGACGUUCAAGGAGAGACUACUCGAGUGCGUCAUGAAAGGCAUAGACUUCUUCUGUGUGUGGGACUGCUGUUGGUUGUGGUUGGAGUUCCAAAAGUACGUUGCAUUGUUGGUAUUCGAUCCGUUCGUGGAAUUGUUUAUCACGCUGUGUAUCGUCGUGAACACUUUGUUCAUGGCCUUGGACCACCACGAUAUGGAUAGAGACAUGGAAAAGGCGCUCAAGAGUGGCAAUUAUUUUUUCACCGCAACAUUCGGUAUUGAAGCCAUGCUUAAGUUAAUAGCUAUGAGUCCAAAAUAUUACUUUCAAGAAGGAUGGAACAUUUUUGACUUUAUAAUCGUGGCCUUAUCGCUUUUGGAGUUAGGUCUGGAAGGUGUACAGGGUUUGUCAGUGUUGCGUUCCUUUCGAUUGCUUCGAGUAUUCAAAUUGGCAAAGUCAUGGCCGACACUUAAUUUACUCAUCUCUAUAAUGGGUAGGACUAUGGGUGCCUUGGGCAACCUGACCUUCGUAUUGUGCAUCAUUAUUUUCAUAUUUGCGGUGAUGGGUAUGCAACUAUUCGGAAAAAAUUACGUGGAUUACGUCGAUCGGUUUCCGGACGGAGAUCUUCCAAGAUGGAAUUUUACGGACUUCAUGCACAGUUUCAUGAUAGUGUUCAGAGUACUCUGUGGAGAAUGGAUUGAGAGUAUGUGGGAUUGCAUGUUGGUCGGAGACGUCUCCUGUAUACCGUUCUUCUUGGCUACCGUCGUCAUUGGCAAUCUUGUGGUACUGAAUCUCUUCUUGGCCCUGUUGCUCUCGAACUUCGGUUCGUCAAGUUUGUCAACGCCCACCGCCGAUCAGGAUACGAAUAAAAUAGCUGAGGCCUUCAAUCGGAUAUCAAGGUUCAUAGAUUGGAUAAAACGGAACGUCGCCGAUUUCAUGAAGAUACUAAAAAAUAAACUGACCAACCAAAUAGCGAUACACGCACCCGAACGGGUUGACAACGAGUUGGAACUUGGAACUGAUCUAGAUGACGCCGUACUUUACAAAGACAAGAAACUGAAAGACCAAGUAGAAGUAGCUAUAGGUGACGGUAUGGAAUUCACGAUACCAGGUGACAAUAAAUACAAGAAAGGAAAAAUAUUAAUGAAUAAUAUAAACGCAAUAACUGGCAAUCACAGAGAUAAUCGGUUAGACAGUGAACUUAAUCAUCAUGGAUACCCGAUACAGGAUGACGACACAAUCAGUCAAAAAUCGUAUGGUAGUCACAAAAUAAGAUCAUUUAAAGACGAAAGCCAUAAAGGAUCAGCAGAUACGAUAGACGGAGAAGAGAAAAAAGACGCCAGUAAAGAAGAAUUAGGAUUAGAAGAAGAAAUGAUAGAAGAAGAAGAAGAUAAAGGCGACGGGCUUGGAAAAAUUGAUAAAAAAGUAGACGCUGACGAAGACGUAGUUGACGAUACACCUGCUGAUUGCUGUCCCGAACAGUGCUACCAACGGUUUCCUUUUCUUGCUGGAGAUGACGAUUCGCCAUUCUGGCAAGGAUGGGGCACUCUUCGACUAAAGACAUUCAAACUUAUCGAAAACACUUAUUUUGAAACGGCUGUGAUUACAAUGAUUUUGCUGAGUAGUUUAGCUUUGGCUUUAGAAGAUGUACAUUUACCACAUCGUCCUAUUCUUCAAGACAUUCUGUAUUAUAUGGAUCGUAUUUUCACCGUCAUCUUUUUCAUUGAGAUGUUGAUCAAGUGGCUUGCCCUUGGCUUCCAGAAAUACUUCACAAACGCAUGGUGCUGGCUCGAUUUCAUCAUUGUCAUGGUCUCGCUUAUAAACUUCGUAGCGGCGCUUUGUGGCGCCGGCGGCAUUCAGGCGUUCAAAACGAUGCGAACGCUGCGCGCUCUGCGUCCGCUCAGAGCCAUGAGUCGCAUGCAGGGCAUGAGGGUGGUGGUAAACGCGCUGGUGCAAGCCAUUCCAUCUAUCUUCAACGUGUUGCUCGUGUGUCUCAUCUUUUGGCUUAUAUUCGCUAUAAUGGGAGUCCAACUUUUCGCUGGAAAGUACUUCAAGUGCGUCGACAUGAACCACACCACACUAAGCCAUGAAAUCAUACCAGAUAGAAAUGCUUGUAUAUUGGAAAAUUACACAUGGGAAAAUUCACCGAUGAACUUUGAUCACGUUGGCAAAGCGUAUUUAUGCCUCUUUCAAGUGGCUACUUUCAAAGGCUGGAUUCAGAUUAUGAACGACGCCAUUGAUUCAAGAGAAGUGGGACGACAACCUAUACGAGAGACUAACAUCUAUAUGUAUCUAUAUUUCGUAUUCUUCAUUAUUUUCGGAUCAUUUUUCACCCUCAAUCUAUUCAUCGGUGUGAUUAUCGAUAACUUCAACGAACAAAAGAAAAAAGCCGGUGGCAGUCUUGAGAUGUUCAUGACUGAAGACCAAAAGAAAUACUAUAACGCCAUGAAGAAGAUGGGAUCCAAGAAGCCUCUGAAAGCCAUCCCAAGACCAAAAUGGCGGCCACAAGCUAUAGUAUUCGAAAUAGUGACAGACAAGAAAUUCGACAUGAUCAUUAUGUUGUUCAUCGGCCUGAACAUGCUUACCAUGACAUUGGACCACUACCAGCAAUCAGACACGUUUAGUGCAGUUCUUGACUAUCUCAACAUGAUAUUCAUCGUAAUAUUUAGUUCAGAGUGCCUACUGAAAAUAUUUGCCUUACGGUAUCAUUACUUUGUUGAGCCGUGGAAUCUGUUCGAUUUCGUCGUAGUAAUGUUUUCUAUUCUUAGCUUGGUGCUGAGUGAUAUUAUAGAGAAAUAUUUUGUAUCACCAACUCUUUUGAGAGUAGUGAGAGUAGCUAAAGUCGGUCGAGUACUUCGACUCGUUAAAGGUGCGAAGGGUAUCCGAACACUAUUAUUCGCGUUAGCCAUGUCACUGCCAGCUUUGUUCAAUAUAUGUUUACUCCUGUUCCUGGUUAUGUUUAUCUUCGCCAUAUUCGGCAUGUCUUUUUUCAUGCACGUAAAGAAUAAGGGAGGACUCGACGAUGUUUACAACUUCAAGACCUUCGUGCAGAGUAUGAUUCUGCUCUUUCAGAUGUCUACAUCUGCCGGUUGGGAUGGUGUGUUAGACGGAAUUAUAAAUGAAGAAGAAUGUGACUUGCCAGAUAAUGAACGAGGUUCGCCAGGCAACUGUGGUUCUGCUACCAUCGGCAUCACUUACUUGCUGUCCUACCUCGUCAUAUCCUUCCUCAUCGUUAUCAACAUGUACAUUGCUGUCAUUCUCGAGAAUUAUUCUCAGGCUACAGAAGAUGUGCAAGAAGGUUUGACGGACGAUGACUACGAUAUGUAUUACGAAAUCUGGCAACGUUUCGAUCCGGAUGGUAGCCAAUACAUUCGCUACGACCAGUUAUCGGAUUUCCUCGACGUGCUCGAGCCUCCGUUACAAAUACACAAACCGAACAAGUACAAAAUUAUAUCGAUGGACAUUCCUAUAUGUCGGGGCGACAUGAUGUUCUGCGUAGACAUCCUGGAUGCCCUAACAAAGGACUUUUUCGCCCGAAAGGGCAACCCAAUCGAAGAGACGGGCGACUUGGAAGUGGGACGGCCGGACGAAGCCGGCUACGAACCUGUGUCGUCCACACUGUGGAGGCAACGCGAGGAGUACUGCGCACGGCUGAUUCAGCAUGCGUGGCGGCGGCAUCGGCGGGCACACGAAGAGCCCGGCGCGGGCGAUGGCGAGGGCGGCGAGGCGGGCGGCGCGGAGGGCGCGGGCGCCGCGACGGCCGUGCUGCUGGACGCGGUGACGCCCAACGGGCACCGCGUGGUGCUGCAGGGCGGCGGCGCGGCGCCGCGCCCGCCUGAGCCCGCGCCGCCGCGCGCCCGUCUGACCCGCGCUGGCGCUCGCGCUGCUGCCCGCGCUGGUCGACGACGCGCCGCUGCCGCUGCCCGCACCGCUGCCCGAGCUCUUGAGCCCACCCAAGCGCACUUAAUUAUUUUUUACGCUAGACGUUUCGCGUGUACAUAAGUAGUGUGCGUCGGCGGGCCGCGGGCGAGCGACGCGACGCCACCCGGCGCAACCUGCCGCUGCGCGUCCGCGCCGUGUCUUUCGUGGACGUUGUUCUUUCGCGUUUAGAGACGUUCGAGGUGUUGACCGGAGUGUUUUGUGUUCGCGUGGCCGAAGCUUCAGUGACCGUUUGUUUUGCGAGCGUUGUUCGCGUGCGUUCACCGCGUUCUGUCGUUUCCGAAUGUUCCGAUUCGUAUCCGUUCGUUAGUUCGCGUCGUCGCGACUCGCGCCAGACGUGCCCCGGUGAGAGGUGCCUGUCGAUCGGUGAGAAUCGUUUUUGCGAGCGUGCCCUUUUUUAUUCGUCAUUAGUGAUGUAAUGUAAGGUAUUGGAUAAAAUUGAAGAAACUCUAAAAGCUUAUUUUUAUAUUUGAUAAAUAUCACUUUCUAUGUGUAAAAUUCUAAAAGGAAAUUAUUAUAUUGUAACUAACUGUUUGUUAUCGAUUGUGAGAUAUCAUUUUAGUUCCCCGAAAUGGUGUCGAGCAACAGCAACAGCAAGUAGCAACACAUGAGCAGUGAGCACGACAUGGAGACGGGCGACGGGCGAGAACCGUUGCGCUUGCGCCGGAGCGCGACGCGAAGUCAUAUUCGCUUCGUUCCGUUUUGCUUGACGCGGCCCUCAUUCGCGCUCGAGGGCGAUUCACAGCAAGCAGAUCGAUGUAGCACUCAAUCGUUUAAAAUAUAGCUACUUCAUUUAUUACUAACAUUAAAACAAAUUAAAAAUCUUUGAAUCGUCCGCGUGUCGGACGGUAGUGUAUCUUAUAGCGUAUCUGAUAGACGCUUAGGAAAACAAUGGCUGCGCCGAUUCAUAUCAAUUUUGUCCGUAUAGUUUUAAUAGUUCCAAUUUAUAAGCUUUUCAUUGUACCGAACCGACGUAACGUCGCGUCUGUCUGCACGAGGUCGGCUCGCCGUCGAUGUCCUCGGGAUAAGAGAGUUUAGACAAGUUUUUGCAAUGUUAUCUAUGUAAGCUUAUUGAAUCAGCUGUGAAAUCGGUACCAGAAUUCACUUCCGUCCUAAUUCAGUAUGCAUCAUAGGAAUCGAGCCAUUUUAUGUAACGCGCACUUUCCACAAGCCCAGUUUAAUGUAAUUUCCUCCCCUUGAAUUGCAUUAGCUGCAGGGCCGCGGCGUGCUGGGCGUCGCUGGCGAUCCCCGGCCGGCGCCGCCUGCCGCCCCGCGCUGCCCACACCACGCCACCCCCCCUCGCGCUCCCAGGAGCACCGACUCGCUGCGCAGCGCCGCUCGGUGCUCCUCCGACCGCGAGCACUAUACAUAGUAACUAUAUCAGAUAUUUGCAAGCGGGCUGGUACUGCUUCGAAUUUUGCUCUAGCAGAUUUACAUUUUGACAAUGUUGAUAAUAUUGUAACGAUCAUAAUUAAUCAUUGAACGAGUGAUUCGGCUACUUGAAAGAUCACCUUAAAUUAGCAAUAAGAUAUUAUUGAUAUACCUAAGUGAUCGAACGUCCCUUACCGAGUAAGGUAGAUAUUAUUGAAUUACAUUUAUUUUUCGAUUGACAUCUCUCUAGCUAGUGCAUGGUGAGCCGUGAGCCCGGGACGGCGCAGUGUCGCCGCGUGCUCGCGGGAUUCAGUUCGUGACAGUAUUGUCUUUCCUAGCACAACAGAGUAUGAAUCAUCAAAUUUUUGUAAUUUAACUUUGGAAGUGGUCAAUUUUCUACUAUUCUGUAAAUAUUGAGAGCUUGUCGCCGGGUAGAUCCCGAACUGCACGUCGCAACACAUAAUUUAUCAUAAUGUCUAUUGUCUAUGGAUAUACAGCGAGUAACGCAGCGAUACGUAAUAAGCUUGAAGCAAUAACAUUAACGUGUGCCCGAUGAAACGUUUCGCUUUCAUUAUCUGUACGAAACAUGUCACCGAAUAGUUGUGUGUCGGUUGUUUUCAAUUUGUUUACAAACAUGUGGAGGAAUGUCAAGUGCAAAACAAUUCUAAGUGUUGCAAGUUUAAAAGUCAGUGUAUCGUAAACUAAAUGAGACGCUUACCGUUUUGCACAUAUUUUGCAAUAAUUAUGAUUAUAAAUAAUCAUUAUGUAGAUAAUUUUAUAAUGAAAGCGCGGAGUGUGAGCGAGCGAGCUUCCCCGUCGCUGGCGCACGCUCCGCGUCGGCUGCCAGCGCCCCGCCAGGUGGCGCGGCGUCACCCCUGGGUUUCCUCGGUUACAUUACAUAAUUAUACGUUUUGUUGAACAAAGACAAAAUUUAUAUUACUACGCCACCUGGAGUGAUUCAAACUCGUGUUGCAUAAAUGACAUCAAAAGACUGAUCGAAUAAGGGCCGUACUGUAUUGAAAAAGUUAAUACGAUUGAUCUAUAACUGUUCACUAAACCGGCGCCGACGUCACAGCAUUCGUUUACUUGAAUGUCUUACGCUAUACGUUUAGGCCGUUUCCCAUGCCUAAGUGGAAGUGACAAUAAGUGUGAAAUGAAGCAAAAUGUUCAUAUAUGGUUUCCAAUGGUAGCCCGGUAUUUAUGUUAAAAUUGAUUAUUGGCAUUGAUAAGACUUGUUUAUUAGGGAAGAAUGAGUUUGAAUUUCUCCAUGUCGUCGAGUAACACCAAAAUAACGACAGUCUCGAUCGUCUAUAUUAAUUUAUGUUGGUCAAACCAAAGAGUUUAUACCUACUAUUAGGCAUAUUGCACAAAGAAGUUGUGUUUAAUUAAGUUUAGACAAUAAGUUAUAAUAUCAUUGUAUUGUUUAUUUUUAACUAUACUUAUGACAAAAAGUGAGUUCAGUUUGCUGAAUGAUAGAGGUUUAAUUGAGUAUUUAUUAUAUAUAUUGUUGAAGUUUGUACAAAAUAAAUUAAGUAAACGAUAAAAUAUAGAACUUGACUGCUUUA